AUGGAGGCCCGACGGGGCUGGGCGACCCCGACGCCCCCCGGGAGGCUUUGGGCCUGCUUCGUCGUCUUCUUCUUCCUGGGCGCCGUCGGGGGCCCCUGCUGCUGGGGCCAGGUCUACCGGCUGCGCCUGGCGGUGGACGAGGGCCUGCCUCCGGAGACCUUGGUGGGCGACAUCAGCGCGGGCCUGCCGCCGGGGGAGAGCCACCCGGGGGGCUUCUUCCUCUCGGAGGGCGGCGGGGAGUCUGCGCUGCUGUCGGACUUCCACAUCCAGACCGAGACGGGCCUGAUCCGGACGGCGAGGCCGCUGGACCGGGAGCGGAGGGCCGGCUACAGCUUCGCGGCGGCCACCUUGAGCGGGGAAGUGGUCCAGGUGGAGAUCGCUGUCUCCGAUGUGAACGACCACCAGCCCCGCUUCCCCCGAGACUCGCUCCGCCUCGACAUCUCCGAGCUCAGCCCUCCGGGAAGCGCCUUCCGGCUCCCCGCCGCCCGGGACCCCGACGAGGGCAGCUUCGGCACCCAGGGCUACUCCCUCUUGGCCCCCGACGGCGAGGAGGGCCCCGAGCCCUUCUUCCAGCUGCGCUACGCCCUCCCUUCGGACGCCUUGGACAUGGUCCUCUUGCGGCGCCUGGACCGGGAGCGACAGGAAAGGCACCGCUUUGUGGUGGAGGCUUGGGACGGGGGCAGCCCUCGACGGAGUGGACGCCUCCAAGUCGAGAUCCAGGUCUUGGACGAGAACGACAACGCCCCGGCCUUCGAGAAGAGCGAGUACCGGCUCCGGGUGAAGGAGGACGCCCCCGUGGGCAGCUCCUUGGGCCGCUUCUCGGCCUCCGACCCGGACGCCGGCCUCAACGGAGAAGUCAGCUACAGCCUCAUCCGACGCCAAGGCGAGCCUUCUCCUUCCUCCUUCUUCGAGGUGGACCCUCAAUUCGGCGUCCUCCGCUUAAGCCGCCCUUUGGACCGAGAGAGCCGGGCUUUGCACCGCUUGGCGGUGGAGGCCCGCGACGGAGGGGCUCAGCCCGAGGUGGCCACCGCUUUAGUGGCCGUCGAGGUCUUGGACGUCAACGACAACGCGCCCUCCCUCCAAGUCCUCUUCCUCACCGAAGGCGCCGGGGAAAACGUCUCCGAGGGAGCCCGCCCGGGGGACUACGUGGCCCGGGUCUCCGUCUCCGACCCCGACGAGGAGGAGGAGGAGCAGGAUGGACGGGGCGGACCGACGCUGAGCCUCCAAGGCGGGGAAGGGGCCUUUGCUCUCCGGCCCUCCUCUGACAGCGAAGGGGUCUUCUUCCUCUGCGUGGAAGGGGCCCUCGACCGAGAGAGCCGCCCCGUCUACGAACUCAACUUAGUAGCCCUCGACUCCGGCUCUCCGCCGCUCACCUCGGAAAAAACCCUCCUCCUCCGAGUCUCCGACAUCAACGACCAGGCACCGGCUUUCUCCCAGCCCCGCUACGAAGCCGCCGUCUCGGAGGCCGCCUCUCCCGGCACCGCGGUCCUCCGCCUCAGCGCUUCCGACGGCGACGAGCCGGGCUCCCUCAACGCCCAGCUCCACUACGCCUUGGCCCCCGGCCAGCCCCAGGCCGCCCUCUUCCACCUCGACGCCGCCACGGGGCUCCUCAGCACCCGGCAAGCCCUCGACCGGGAGAAGGAAGGCCGGCUGGAGCUCCAAGCCCUGGUUUGGGACUUAGGACAGCCGCCCCUCUCCGCCUCCUGCCUGGUCAGCGUCGCCGUCGAGGAUGCCAACGACCACGAGCCCCGCUUCCAGCGGCGCUUCUACAACGCCAGCCUGCAAGAACACGUCCCCGUCGGACACUGCCCGAUUCAGGUGAAGGCUACAGACAUGGAUGCAGGCAGUUUUGGGCAGAUUGAGUACUCUCUCUAUGAUAGUUUCCAUAGCUAUGAGAAAUCAAAAGCAUUCCAAAUUGACAUGAGCAGUGGUCACAUAUGUGUCUCUCGGGACAUUGACAGGGAACAAGAUCCAUCUGCAUAUGAUCUCUUGGUGAAAGCUACAGAUGGGGGUGGGCUAAGUGCUCAAGCUUUUGCCCGCAUCGAGAUAGAAGACAUCAAUGACAAUCACCCUGUCUUCAACCCAUCAACUUACAUUGCAAGUAUCAGCAGCCAUACACAACCAGGAUCAGAAAUAAUCAAUGUUGUGGCUACAGACAAGGAUUCUGGGAUAUAUGGAGUUGUGACUUAUGAACUGGUACCAGGGCAUCUCUCUUCCCUCUUCACAGUGGAUACAUCUACAGGAAUUGUUUAUCUGAUAUCAGCUCUCAGUAAUGUGGAACAUUCCAGUGUGCAGUUGACUGUUUCUGCCCGGGAUGGUGGUGGUCUUUGGUCUGUUCUGAAUGCAGUUGUGACUUUAAAGAUCAUCCAGAGUGUUGUGGCUCCUGCUGUCUUUGAGAGAUCACGUUACACCUUUUCCAUCCCUGAAGAUGCACCCGAAGGAAGCGCUGUUGGGACAGUGAAAGCCAGGGAGCCUUUGAAUUUCUUGGAAACAAUUUCUUACAGAAUUUCCUCUGGUGAUCCCUUUGGAAGAUUCUGUAUUGACCCACAGUAUGGAAUCAUUCACACUAAAAAAAAGCUUGACCAUGAAACCCAUGAUCACACAGUUCUUACAGUGCAGUCACAGUUGGGAAACUCGCCAGUAUAUAGCACUACCCAGGUCAAUGUAACCGUGAUCGAUGUCAAUGACAACCCUCCAGUCUUUGGGGUGGAGCAUGAUCAGAUAAAUAUAUCGCGUAACACAGCACCUGGCACAGCUCUUUACAUAGCUCAUGCAGAAGACAAAGACAGUGGACUAAAUGGGGCAAUCCGCUACUCUGUUGUAAGCAAUAAGUCCAGUGUGUUUACCAUUGAUCCAGUUUUUGGCGUGCUUUAUCUUACCAGAACUCUGGCUGCUGAUAUGCAGCUUGAAGAUACAGUGGUACAGAUCACUGCAGAAGAUCACGGAAGUCCUCCGCUGAGUUCUCUGUUAAUCCUAAGAGUGUUUAUUGAUGAACCAAAAGGAUAUCCUGCAUUCAGUUUUGAAAAUUUGGUGUAUCAGGUGGAAGUUAAUGAGGCAGCUUUUGUUGGCAGCAAAAUUCUGCAAAUACAAGCCCGGAAGCUAAAUCCCCAACACGCCCUUGAGGAUUUUAUUUACUCCCUGGAACAAAACAUAGAUUCUGCUUCAUUUCGAAUUGAUCCUGAAACAGGUGUGAUUUACCUACAGAAUCCUUUGGACUAUGAAAUCACACAGACACAUACUUUUAAAGCCUUUGUUACUCAUCCACUUGAUAGGUCAAAGCAAAAUUCAAGUACCUCAGUAAUAAUCAAUGUUGUUGAUGAAAAUGACAAUUCUCCAGCUUUUGCACAUGAUGAUUAUUUUUUUGAAAUUAAGGAAAGUUCAUUGCCCCAUGGUGUUGUUGGCACAAUUGCAGCAGUUGACAAGGAUUCUGGAAGAAAUGGGCAGCUCUCCUAUUUCCUUUUAUCAGAUGGAAAAUAUUUCAAAAUCAAUUCCAAUACAGGUGAAGUUAUAAACUGGGUUGCUUUAGAUCAUGAGCAGGAAGCUCACCACCAUCUGAUUGUUCUGGUGACUGAUCAUGGAGUCCCUCAGCAUAAUUCCACAGUAAAUGCCUAUAUUACAGUUACUGACCUGAAUGACAAUCAUCCAUUCUUCCCCCAGCUUCCACUGCAUGUCAAGGUUUUGGAAGGGCAGCCAGCAGGAACACUUGUUGCCACCAUAUUUGCAACAGACCUUGAUUCUGGAAACAAUGGGAUAGUUCUAUAUUCAUUGUCUGCAGGGGAAAGUUUAGGUCACUUUCAGAUUGACAGUAGCAGUGGUGAAUUAAGAACGACUGAAGCUCUCUUAUACAGUUGGCGUUCAAACUACAAAAUGGUUGUCACUGCAACUGAUCAGGGAAUCCCUCCACUUCAAGGACAAACAGUCAUCAGUGUUGAGGUAAUUCCACUGCCUAAAGGAAGACCACCUUUUACUCAAAACAUCAGACAUUUUGUCAUACCAGAAAAUUUGAGGCCUCCUCAAAUGCUAGGCUGUCUAAAACCACCUGGUCAGCAUCUGUAUUCCAGUGAAAAACAACAUUUUGCCAUCUUUGAAGAAGAUUCCGGUGUUCCAUUUGAAAUUGACAGUGCUACUGGUGAUCUGUAUUUGUCCAAAGAACUUGAUUAUGAAACAGGAUCUCACUACUUCUUUAGAGUUGUUGUAAAUGAUUAUCUGAGCAGUCCUCCAAUGAAUAAUACUGUUUUUCUCAGUAUUGAUGUUGAAGAUCAAAAUGACCAUUCACCUUCUUUCCAGAAUGACUUUGUUGUAAUCGGGAUAGAGGAAAAUGUGCCAAUUGGUACUUUGCUGUACACCUUUAAUGCAAAAGAUGAAGAUGGCAGUUUUUUAAACAGUAAACUUCAGUAUUCCAUACAUAGGAAUGACUUCACUGAAAAUCCAUUUCUCAUCCACCCUUCUUAUGGUAGCUUAAUUACAGCAGUUCCACUUGACAGAGAGAUAACACAGUCUAUUGUCUUGACAGUAUGGGCAGUGGAUCAGGCUGUAAAUCUGACUGAUCGCAGGCAAAGUUCACUGACAGCAAAAAUUGUCAUUUUGGAUGUCAACGAUAACAGUCCUCGAUUUGUUUCAUCUCCCGUUUCUUACAUUAGAGAGGAUGCAGAGGUGGGCUCAUUUGUGUAUCACAUAGUUGCCCAGGAUCCAGACCAAGGGAGGAAUGGACAAGUCAUAUACUAUCUUCUAUCAAACAGUGAAGACCAGGGCUUUGUUAUAGAUAAAAAUACAGGAGUGCUAAGCACUGUCAUUGCUUUGGACCAUGAACGCCGAGAAUAUUACAAUUUGACAGUUGUAGCCCUUGAUGAUGGCACUCCAGCUCUGUCUGCAACUCAGAGUCUGACAGUAAUUGUCCUUGAUGUAAAUGAUGAGGCACCAAUAUUUACAAAAACUGUGUAUGAAGCAUCUAUCUAUGAAAAUACAGCUCCAGGAGCAGUUGUCAUCAAAGUUGAAGCCACAGAUAAAGAUUCAGGAAUCAAUUCCCUGCUUCAAUAUGAAAUUUUGCCAGGACCUGGAUAUGAGACUUUUCAAAUAAACUCAAAGACUGGAGAGAUUACAACAGUCAUUGCCCUUGACAGGGAGACUCAAGAGUUCUUUACUAUUAAAGUGCUGGUCCAAGACAGUGGAACUCCCAUUUUAUCCAGUAUAACAUCUGUCAUCUUUAGAGUACUGGAUGAAAAUGACCAUACACCCAAGUUUCUUCUUCCAAAUUAUGAAAUUCAAAUUAUGGAAAACCAAGAGCCUUCAACUAUCAUGACUGUGCUGGCUGUGGAUAAAGAUGCUUUUGAUAAUGGAACAGUGCAGUACCAAAUAAUUGGUGGAAAUGUUAGAGGCUACUUUGCAUUGCACAAAACAUCAGGAGACCUCUUCACCACUUGCAGCUUAGACAGAGAGGUUGACAGCAAUUUCACCUUGGUUAUUGAAUGUUUUGACUUGGGCAGUCCACCAAGAAGUUCUGUCACCCACCUACAGAUCACAGUCCUGGAUGAAAAUGACAACAGCCCCUUGUUUUUGAAGAGCCAUUAUCAUACAACCGUAAGAGAAGAUGUUGGGGAAGGUUCAUCAGUUGUUAAAUUGCUGGCAGUGGAUGCAGAUGAGGGUCUAAAUGGACAGGUCAUGUAUUCUCUUACUGAUGACACCUUUGGCAUGUUUGCUAUUGACAGAGUUACUGGAGCUGUAAUUACUACUAAACCCCUUGACCGAGAAAGAAAAUCUCAAUAUGUUCUUAAGGCUGUUGCAACAGACUCUGGUGUCCUGGGACCCAGGAGCUCAAGUGUUAGCAUUGUUGUGCAUAUUGAUGAUGUCAAUGACAACAGUCCUUUUUUCCUACAAAAUCCUGUCAAACUAUAUAUAUCGACUCAAACACCUAUAAAUCAUACAAUAGCAACUGUAAGAGCCAGCGAUAUAGACCUUGGGCUGAAUGGGGCUGUGAAUUUUAUGUUUGUGACACCAGAAACCAUGUUUGAGUUGAACUCAAACACAGGAGAAAUUUCUCUGCAGAAACCUGUACUCCAUGAAGGUUUUGUUGCUCACUUUUUGAUAGCAGCUUCAGAUCAAGGUGUGCCAGCAAGAACAGCUACUACACUUUUGUCUGUUCAUUCUGAAGCACAGACAGAGAUGAUUUCAUUUAGUCAUGCCCAGUAUGAAGCAGUGGUUCCUGAAAAUAGUAAAACAGGUACUUCUGUUCUUACUGUAACUGCUUAUGACCAUAGUUUGAUGGGAAAGAAUUUAAAGUACCGAAUCAUCAGUGAACAUGAAGAUAUUUUCUCCAUCCAUCCCAUCAUGGGUGAAAUCACAGUAAAAGAAGCUGACUUUCUUGACUAUGAAAUCAGAAAAAAAGUCCAUUUUGCAGUGUUAGCACAAAAUGACUUAACUUCAGCUGUAUGUGGGGUGACAGUCUUGAUACAAGACAUGAAUGAUAAUGCACCUCAAUUUGAGCAAGACUAUUUCAAAAUAUCUGUUUGGGAAGGUCAGGCCUACAACACAUAUAUCAUGCAGAUCUAUGCAACAGACCCUGACAGUGGACUAAACGGAGAUAUUGAAUAUUCAGUUUUAUCUGGCAACACAAAUAGAGCCUUUGUCAUCGAUUCAACGCAAGGAAUUAUGUCAACAAAUAUGAUCCUAGAUCGAGAAGACAUUUCAUCAUAUAGGUUGGUUGUGCAAGCUGCUGACAGAGGAACUCCCAGAUUAUCUGCUACAAGCACAGUAGAAAUUCAAGUGGUGGAUAUCAAUGACAAUGUGCCAACUUUCCAACCAUUGGAUGCUGUUGAACUCCCUGAAAAUGCUCCUCUUGGAUUCUUAGUGACACAAGUAUUGGCAGAAGAUGCAGAUCUUGGCCCAUCUCUUCGCUACAGCUUUGCUGAGGAUGGUAAUCCUGGAAUGAAAUUUGCUAUCGACCAAUACAAAGGAACAAUCAUGUUGGUGAAGCCAUUAGACUUUGAAGAAAAUGUUCAGUUUGAACUGUUAAUCACCAUUUCAGAUUCUCUGCAUCAAACCACAGAACAACUUCUAAUCAAUGUAUCUGAUGUCAAUGAUAAUCCACCAGUAUUUACUGAGGAUACUUAUCAGGUGUUGGUACCAGAACUAAGGUCUAUAGAUGUCUCCAUCUUGACUGUGCAUGCCACAGACAGUGAUUCAGAAUACAAUGGAAAAAUAUGCUACAGCAUUCUCUCUCCUUUUGAUUCAUUUUUAAUUGAUCCACACAAUGGCACACUAUUUCUUGUUAAGCCAUUGCUAUACCAGGAUGAGAAUUCUAUUAUUCGGCUCCUCAUAGAAGCCAGUGACAAUGGGAAUCCACCCUUGACUGCUCUUACAUUGGUGGUCAUACAGAUACAAGAUGUGAAUAAUUAUACUCCUCAAUUUACAAUGCCAAUUUUUAAUCUCAGCAUAAAUGAAAAUGCCUAUAUUGGAGAGAAGCUUUUCACAUUUUCAGCUAUUGACUAUGAUGGAACACAUCGUAAUACCUAUGUUAAAUAUUCAGUUAUUGGUGGUAAUGGCAGUAAUACCUUCAAUGUGGAAAACUGCAUCCUUGGGUCAGAAUCUCCAGAUAAAGUGAUUGGAAAUCUUGUUUUGAGAAAUAUUCUGGACCGAGAAGAAAGUUCAUUUUACCAGUUGUUAAUUCUUGCAUCUGACCAUGGAUCUCCUCCUUUAAAUGCCACUGCUACUGUGUCAAUAACUGUUUUGGAUAGUAACGAUAACCCACCUGUAUUUACUAGUUUGGAAUAUCACAUUAAUGUCAAAGAAAAUUUCCCAGUAGGUAGUCAUAUUAUUUCAGUUUCAGCAAAUGAUUAUGAUUCUGGAACUAACGCAGUCAUCACUUACAAUAUAAUCUCUGGAAAUGAUAAGGGACACUUUCAGUUAGAAGAGAAAAGUGGCUCCCUUCACUUGGUCAGAGCUCUGGAUUAUGAGGAGACUAUGGAAUUCACUUUGACCGUUCAAGCCUCUGAUGGAGGAGUUAAUGUAAAACAUGUGGCUUUUGCUGUUGUUUUUAUUAGCAUUCUUGAUGCUAAUGAUUAUGCCCCAAUAUUUGUUUUCCCCAGUCUGGACUGUGGAAUAUCUGAAAAUCUGCCCCCCUUUUCUUCUGUAUGCACAAUUUCUGCAUUAGAUUUUGAUACUGGUCCUUAUGGUCAUCUUGCUUACUCCAUCCAGUCAUCAUGCUUGCCUGCUUAUGGACCUCAUGGAGAUCAGGAUAUGUUUUUCAUGGAUCCUCUGACUGGAGAGAUUAGUACCAAACACACACUUGACUUUGAACAUCAGAAUAAAUAUUGUUUCAUAGCUCAGGCAAAAGACAAAAGUGAUUUGACAGCAACUAUUAUUAUCCAAGUGAAUGUUGAGGGUGCAGAUGAAUUUGACCCUGUUUUUAGCCAAGAUCAAUAUUUUUUUGAUUUUCCUGAAAAGAAUGAAGCAGGACAGUUGGUUGGCAAGGUGAUAGCAUCAGAUCAUGAUGGAGGAUUAGAUGGUGCCAUUCACUACACCUUGAUAAAACAAUCUGCUUUCUUUGCUGUGAACCAAAGCAGUGGGUCUAUCUAUUUGACUAGAUCUUUUCACAGGAAAAGAAGCAGCAUGAAGAAAACCAGUGAAACUCUUGAACUGCUCAUAAAAGCUCAUAGUCCAAAAUUGAAUUCCAAAUCCAGCAUAUGCACAGUUCUGAUAAACAUUUCUAAUACUCCGGAGAGCUAUUCCAUGUUGCCAGCACACACCGUUUCUGUCAGCAUUGCUGUCUCUACUUUAGCCUUCUUGGUUCUUGCCAUUAUCCUUGCAAUACUUAUUGUUAGAUGCAGACGGAAAGAUGUGGCAAAUACAAGUGCGAAGAAAGAGAUGCCAUGUCCUUCAGCUACUGAUUUGAACUUGGACAAUGAAAAGAACAAUCCUAAAGAGGCUCACAUAUCCCAGAUCCAUGAAACCAGUACUCUUCCUGCAGGCAACAUAGCUGAAUGGCUUGGUUUGGUUGGCAUCAGAGAGAGAAGAGACAUUGGUAAUCCUUGUAGACAUUCAGACUCUAGUGGCCAUGGCUCUGCAGAAGGAGAAACUGCAGAAGAUGAGGAGAUAAAAAGGAUCAAUGAGCAUCCUUGCAGGAAAAGUUCUGGAUCAGCCUUAAGUGACCGAGGCUCACGAGUACCAGACUCAGGAAUUCCCAGAGACUCUGACCAGCUUUCAUGUCAGUCUGGAGAAACAGAUGUGGUGUUAGCUUCUCAAAGCAUAGAGACAUCCCACCCCUUCAAAGAUGAAAGUGGGGGAGAGGGAAGAGAUUGUCACAAAGUAUUCUAUAACAAGAUGCUGUCCCAAACACUUGAAGAAAUGGGCAUAAAGGAAAAAGACAUCAUCACAGACACCUCAAGAGAAUAUAUCUUCAUACCCAAUGGUCAGAAUUCUCAUUAUGGAUCUCUGGCCACCCUGAUAGACUCUGAUGAGGACCUCAGAGGCAGUUACAACUGUGACUACUUGAUAAAUUGGGAGCCCAGAUUUAAGCCUCUUGCCUCUGUCUUCAGUGAUAUUGCAGAACUGAAGGAUGAAAGCUUAAAAAUUCAUAAGGAGAAGAAAUCUUUCAUUUUUCCUCCUCCGCUGAUUACUUCUGUAGCACAGCCUGGUUUGAAGACAGUUCCCCCACGAAUGCCCACAAUGUUGCCAGGUCAGGCAUUUAAAAAAUACCCCCGCUCACCCCUUAUCCAUCACCUGAGAUACCCUUCAUCAGUGAUGACUCCCAGUUUUUCUCCUUCUCUGUCCCUCCUUACAAUGCAGACACCUACAGCAUCCCCAGUCACCUCACAACCUGGUCUGAAGGGGAUGUGCCCUGGCCGACUGACACAUGAACUUUCAACAGAGGAAGAGGUUCAAUUAUAG